AUGAAAUUCACCUCCAUCCUUAUCUUUUCCGCUUCUCUGGCUUCCGUCUACUCCACUGCCAUCCCCGACCCUGAAACACUCGAAUGCGGCGAGCUUGGUCGCAUGAACAUCAAGCCCGGUGAUCUCCCUGAGAACGUCCACCUCAACGAUGUCCGCACUUGCCGCGAUCACCCCGAAACCACCAGUGUGAACAAGAGGAAGCAUGACGGAACUCCCAGCAUUUUCAAGCGCGAAUGCAACGACUCCGGAAAAUCCAAGGGAUGCUCGAAGAACGGAUACUGCUGGAAGGAAUGCGGUGGUGGCCACCAGUGGUGCUGGAUUGCGCUUGCUGAGGGGGUGACUGCAAAGACUGUGGGUGCUCUUGUUAAGUAA